AUGGAUGGAGAAGCUUUUGACGUGUUGAUAGCAAGUCGAGCAAUGCCGGCUCUGGGGGAUGCAGUGCGUCCGGCACACAUGGCCAUGCUCCGGCGCUGCUGGAAUGCCAACAAACCAUUCGCUGCAGCUGUGCCGUGCAAGGCAGGGCCCUGCGAGCAAGGCCCAGCUUUGCCAAGGUUUUCACCACCUCCGCGAAGGGAGACAGAUACUCCUGAGCCAGAGCCACAAGAAGAACAUCGUCACCCUUGUGAGUUCCAGUCACCCGAGCACGAGACGGAGAACGGUCACUUAACUUCCACUCCACUGAGUUCCGCUAUGAUGAAGCAAAAGGCUGCGAAGCCUCCGCAGGUUCCCCGCCUUGACCUUUCCUUCGUGCAUCAAAAAGGAAACUCCGAGAACCUCAUGAAGCACGAGUGGAAACCGGGCAGGCAGAGCAAUGCUGGCUCCGGCGCAGACAUGGCGAACAGGUCUGGCUUCGCCUCAGCGAGUCCUGAGGACCAGCAACGCAUAGCCGAGUUUUACGGAUAUCGGGACGAGGGCUUCGUGGCUACCAUGGCCGGCUUGCGGACGGACCUCCUUCGGCCUCGAUUGUGA